UCAAUCCAGCUUCUUUUGCAUGUCUAUGUAACUAAUUCAGUGACGUUGUUGUUGUCUAUUUAUUGAGCCAAAUAAUAAUCACAGGCCACACAGAAAAUGGUUUCUCCUUCUUCUUCUACGUCUAAACAUCAUAUAGUUCUAUUUCCUUUCAUGUCCAAAGGCCACACGAUUCCACUUCUCCACCUAGCCCGACUCCUCCUUGACCGUAGUGUGCUCGUAACCAUCUUCACCACCCCGGCAAACCAUCCAUUCAUCUCUCAGUCUCUCUCAGGAGCUGAUGUUUCCAUCACUGAUCUGCCCUUCCCUGAGAACAUACCUGGAAUCCCACAUGGAGCUGAAAGCACCGACAAACUUCCAUCCAUGUCUCUCUUUGUUCCCUUUGUCAAUGGCAUAAAACUCAUGAAACCGUCAUUUGAGGAAGCACUUCAAAAUAUUCAUUCACAGGUCAGCUGCAUCAUAUCAGAUGGCUUCCUCCACUGGACACUAGAAUCAGCAUCACGGUUUGGCAUCCCCCGACUAAGCUUCUAUGGCACGAAUCACUAUUCCAUGGCACUGGCCUAUGAUGCUAUCGUGAAUGGCUUACUAUCAUUACAUGAGUCAGAUGACGAACCCUUCACUCUUGCUGGCUUUCCGUGGAUCAAGCUUAGGAGGAACGACUUUGACAGCCCGUUAGAUAAACGUGACCCAAGAGGGCCUCAUUUGGAUUUUAUGAAUGAGGUGGGCACAGCAACAGCAAACAGUUAUGGCUUGCUGGUGAACAGCUUCUAUGAGCUUGAGCAACCGUAUGAAGACUAUUGGAACCGUGAAUGCCAACCUAAAGCAUGGAGUAUUGGGCCCCUCUGCCUGGGUCAACCAUCAAAACUGGAAGUCGCACCAUGCCACAGGCCCAAAUGGAUGCACUGGCUUGACGAAAAGUCGGCGCAAAAUUGCCCAGUCCUCUAUGUUGCCUUUGGUUCUCAAACAAAAAUAUCCCCCACACAAUUACGUGAAAUAGCUCUUGGACUGGAAGAGGCAAAGGUGAGCUUCUUAUGGGUGGUGAGAGAGAGUGAAGUAGAAGUAAGAGAUGGGUUUGAAGAGAAGGUAAGUGAGACAGGGAUCAUAGUAAAAGAAUGGGUUGAUCAGAAAGAAGUUCUUGAACAUCCAAUUGUGCAAGGCUUCCUCAGUCAUUGCGGCUGGAACUCGGUUUUGGAGGGAAUAUGUGCAGAAGUUCCGAUUCUGGCAUGGCCAAUGAUGGCCGAGCAACAUCUUAAUGCAAGGAUGUUAGAAGAAGAGAUUAAAGUUGGUUUAAGGGUUAAUAGAGUUGAUGGAUCAGCAAAAGGAUUUGUCACCUCGAAGAGCUUGACGUCCGCAGUGUUAGAAUUAAUGGAGGGCGAAAAGGGGAAAGCAUGUCGGGAGAAGGUGAAGGAGGUAGCUAUGGCAGCCAGGAAAGGUAUGGCAGAAGGUGGGUCUUCAUGGCAUGCUUUAAACAACCUACUCAGUGAGAUACUUAAACAAACGGAAAUGAACAGUUGUAAGUUCAACUAACAGAGGAGGCGAAAUGGUCAACCUACUGCAAACUAUCAUUUUAUUCAGACAAUAAUAUACUGCGAGUUAAGGCUAUAUGGUGAAUGAAGGGCUAUCUCCAACUCUUGAAAAUUCUCUUAUAUAAUACAGGGACCAUCAUCUCUGUCUCAGGACAAACUUCUAGAAAGAAGCUUUCAUGAGUUCUUCAUCGUCUUCUUUUCAUCAUAUUUAAUAGUUAGGAUGACAGUAGUUUCAUUUCCCAUUCCAAUUCCGCACCUCAAACAUCUACAGUAAGAGAUUCCCGUUGAACGAGGGAAUUUAGAUACCACCUUUAUGUUUGGUCUCAUGUUUUGGUAUUUUUGGAAAAAAAGAUAAAAAUAUACUCAAUAUUUAUUUU